AUGAAGAAUGGGAAAGUUGUCGCAAUCAAGAAAUUAACUUUACAACAAUCCAGGAACUUGGAAGAGGAUUUUGAAAGUGAAGUGAUGCUUAUAAGUAAUGUUCAUCAUCGGAAUCUUGUUCGGCUUUUGGGAUAUUGUAGCGAAGGCCAUGAUAGAAUCCUUAUUUAUGAAUAUAUGAAAAACAGCAGCCUUGACAAAUUCCUGUUCGGUAGAAACAAAGGUUCUCUCCAGUGGAAGCAGAGAUAUGAUGUAAUUUUAGGAAUAGCAAGAGGUUUGGCUUAUCUACAUGAGGAAUUUCAUGUGCGUAUUAUACAUAGAGAUAUAAAGACUAACAACAUCCUCUUAGAUGAUGAACUACAACCUAAAAUUGCUGAUUUUGGAUUAGCAAAGCUUUUACCUCAAGACAAAUCCCAUCUAAACACAAGAGUCGCAGGAACAUUAGGAUAUACAGCACCGGAGUAUGCAAUUCAUGGCCAAUUAUUAGAAAAGGCUGAUGUUUAUAGUUAUGGUGUUGUUAUCUUAGAAGUUAUCAGUGGUCAGAAAAGCACGGAAUUAAGGCUUGAUAAUAAUGAUGAGGGUGCAUUCCUGCUUCAAAAGGCUUGGAAACUUUAUGAGAUAGACAGGCACUUGGAAUUGGUGGACAAUACCUUAGAUCCUAAUGCCUAUGAUGCAGAAGAAGUGAAGAGAAUCAUAGAGAUUGGUUUGCUUUGCAUCCAAGCAUCUGCUGAUAGGAGACCAAUAAUGCCUGAAAUAGUUGUUUUGCUCCAAAACAAGGACUUAUUAGAGAACAUAACGCCCACUAUGCCAAUCUUGAUUGAAGCUAAUUAGUGGUCCCUGGCUUGUCCUCUAAUUGCACGGAAAUAACCACUUGUGGGUUAUUUUAGAAUUUUCUAUCAUAAAAAUAAAUAGAAAAAGCAAUUGAGUAUAUGCAACUGUACAUCUUUAAUUUCCAUUUUAUUCGAUACUUGUGUGUAAUUUUGUAGAUUCGUCUUAGAAAUUAUAUGUGAAUAAAUGGUU